UGAAAAAAAUCACCUGGCAUCCCUGAUCCUCAGUGACGCAAUUUGACGUUUAAUGGAGCUUCUCGGACGAGAAAAAAUAAUCAUACCAGCAAAUUUCAACAUCUGCUUACUGAAAAGAAAUAUCGUAAAUUAAGUUGCUGCUGACUUGAGAACAACGUAAAAUCAGCGCAAUAUUGAUUACCGGCAGAUUUGCCACUGAAGGAAAUUGUUAUCCUUAAAAUACGAUGGAAGAACAAAUCAUAGACGAACUACGAAAUGUAGGCUAUGAUGGACCUUCCCUCGAUCGGAAUUACAUCUCCACGGCACUUGCUGCUGGUCUGCAAAGUGAAGAAUUUCAGGAUUUGGUAAUUUGGCUUACCGACGAAAUUCGGGUACUUGGUAAGCUGGACGAGAAAAUUUCCAAGGGGGAAGAUGCCAGCGUGUUCGUUUUGGAACUAUCCGGAUUCUUGAAGGAACUCACCUGCCCCUACACAGAUCUCACUUCGGGUCAUGCUUCCGAUCGUUUGCAAACAUACGACUCGAGGGUUGUGCUCUUGGAGUACUUGUUGAAUGAACUGAUGGCUUUCAAGAUGAUCGAAGCGCUGAAGCCAAAGGAGAAGUCGAAUGUGAUUACGCUGUUCGAAUCACCUACCGCUGGGGCACUGAAAGACAUUUCUAUCACGCUUGGUUUGGGGAAGCCCCCGAACAACAUUCCGUCGAAGAUACUAUUUGAAAAAAUUAACGUUCGGCUGGACGAAACGAUUAAAACUGCGGGUGAAAAAAGACUCAGUAAACCGUUAUUUGCUCCGAGCAAGAAUCUUUCCAUGGAGCAGUGGAAUAAAAUGGAAAAUCUGCACAAAGAUUUGGACACCGAGUACGAUUUGCGGCGUAAAAUGUUGCUGACUCGGCUGGACGUUACAAUUCAGAGCUUCAAGUGGUCAACCAGAGUGAAGGGCAAAGAAGGCUCGAUGAGUGAGCGAUAUGCGGAGAAACGAAAACUGUUGGAUUCGUUACAAACCGGUGGGAAUGAUACGGAUCUAGCGGCGCUGCUCGGGGCUAGAGAAACACUGGCAAUUAUCGAGAAAACUAGCAGUGCUGCAGUGCGUAGAAAUACUAAGAGUAAAAUCCAGCGACAUAUUAUUGGGCGGGUUCCCGAUCGAGGGGGUCGAGCGUACGAGCACAAUCCACCACCGCUGGAAAUGCCCUCGUGGCAAACUCAAAGAAAUACCGGUGGACCGGGAGGUGGCGGCCAACGUGGUGGUUUCGGAGGUGGACGGGGUGGUAACCAGAACCGUGGAGGUGGUGGCGGUGGUGUUUUUCAGCAACAGAAAGGAUACCAACAACAACAACAGCAACCACAGGGCGGCUACAACCAAGCUGGUAGCGGAGGUUAUCAGCAAAAUCAGCCACGAGGUGGCGGUGGAGGUCGUGUUCAGGGUGGAUGGUCUCAACCGCAAAAAGAUUAUAAUCAGAGUUAUAGCAAUAAUAAUAGCAGUGGUGGUUACGGUAAUGCCGGCUCAAAUCGUCCAUACUCCAAUAGUGAUCAAUUCAGUAACAGUUCUGGUGGAUCUGGAAAUCGCGGCGGAGGAGGCUUCGGGGACCAGCAGUAUAAUCGAAACAAUAGCUUCGAUGGAAAUAAGGACCGUAACUAUGAUAACGACUAUAACCGAGGUGGUGGCGGCGGUGGAAGAGGAGGUGGAGGUCGUUCGAACUAUAAUCGUGGGGGCCGCCGUUGAGUAAGCAUGAGAAUCACGAUGAUAUUUGAGAUUGAGAUUUGAAUGAUGCAUUUUUUGCUACAAACUAGCAUGACUCGAGUUGUAACUGUCCAAUUAUGUAGAACUGAGUUAUUCUCUAGUGUUGCGAAACUGUGACAGCAUAUAGCGUUCUUAAAUCACCCAGCCGACCUAAAAGGUUAAGUCAACUUAUUAUUUAAGAGUUACCAAACAUUAAGAUUGAAUUUCUUAAAUUUCCGAAAUCCAUAUAGAUAUUCGUAUUCUUAAGUAACAUUUUGAAUCACACGUUUCAGCAAACAUGCCUAUUGUUGCUCUGAAGAGAGCACAACUUUUUAUGUUUUCUUUGAAAAAAAUUAAGUCAAGAUAGCGAUAUAGUGUCUUUGACAAAGUUUUAUAUUAUUUUAACAUUUGAGCUUUCGCCGAAAACGUCUACUGUUCGGACGUGAAAAAAAGUCCCUGGUUUCUCAACUGCUCAAAGCUGAAAAUCAUUUAUUGAUACAAUAAUUGAUACAAUCCUUAGUACAAAUUGAAA